AAAAUUAAUGGCAACAUUACUUGUAAUUGACAUAUGAUUGGAACGAAAUGAAAAUAUAAACAAAUGAAAUACAUUAUCCGGUGUGUCCUGUGUUAAUUUGUGAAUUAGAAUCAUGGCUGCUGUAGGCGUUGUUCGUCGUGCAAGCAGGCCUCCACCUGUUCCAGAUUUUGGAAACUUAAACAAAACUAAUAAGGUAGAAGUUCGAGAAGAUGAAGAACAAGAAAAAAAGUUCCUAGAAAUUAUUGAGUUGCUUCUUGCUGCUGGUUAUUUCAGAGCUAGGAUCAAAGGAUUGUCCCCUUUCGAUAAAGUUGUUGGUGGAAUGACGUGGUGUAUUGAAGUUUGCAAUGUUGAUAUCGAUAUUGAUCUUCUUUUUCAAGAAAAUUUAACAAUUGGUCAAAAAAUUGCUUUAACUGAAAAAAUUGUGGCUGUUUUACCAAGAAUGAAAUGCCCACAUCGGAUUGAACCACAUCAAAUUCAAGGAUUGGAUUUUAUUCAUAUUUUCCCAGUGAUACAAUGGCUAGUUAAAAGAGCAAUUGAAACCAGAGAAGAAACUGGAGACUAUAUCAGAGCAUUCUCUGUCUAUCAAUUUCACAAAAAUUUUGAAAUGCCUGAGGAUGCUGCUGCAAGUACAUUAAAAGAGAAAAUGGCUGUUUCAUACAAGAAUAUUAAAGAAGUGUAUCGUCCUCAAAGGUUAUUUCGUUAUCAUGCUCCACAUAAGUUGAGGGAAGAAGAAGAACGAGUACAAACUACAUUGUUAGAAUAUGGAAAGAAACUUGGUGGUACAAAAAUUACCGAAAGUAAGGGGCAAGAUCAGUCUGCUGAAGCUGAGCAAUCUAAUCAAGCAUCUGCAGAAGAUGAGAGUCGGAUUCAGAAUUUGAUGAAAAGCAUGUCUGUUGCUCAUGAGCAUGAGGGUAAACUCACUGCAAGCCAAGUUGGUUCAAUCGUGGGAUUGCAGUCUGGAGAAAUUCAACAAAUUGCAUCAGAAUUUGCAGAAAAACAAGCAGAAUUAGCUAAUGAAGAGCUGGGAGAGAGAGGCUUGAGUGGAAAACAGUAUCAUAAGCGUACGGCUGCAUCACUUACAAAGCAAAUCAAAGAUAAAGGAGAUAAAGUAGCUGAGGCAGAAAGUCGAAAUGCCCAACUGAAAAGUGCCUAUCAAGAUUCACAAAAUAGACAGAAGACCCUGCAAAAAGAAUAUAACACCAUGCUAAAAGAAAUGGAAGCAUUAGAAGGAGCUGAGAAUGAUGAUAAUAAAAAUUUAUUAGAAACACUUCGAUCCCUUGUAGCUACAAAUGAAACUCUAAAGAAACAAGAGCAGGAAUUCAGAGCUCAUUGUAAAGAAGAGCUUGCUAGAUUAAAAUCGGAAAUUGAAGAAUUAAAAGCAUCUUCGGAACAAGGAACAUCUGAAGACAAUGAACACACAGAGAUGGUUGAAAAACAGUACAAUUUAGAUAAAGAAAAACUACAAAAAAUAAGAAUGCUUUUAGCUAGAAAAAACAAAGAAAUAGCUGUCAUUCAAAGAAAAUUUGAUGAAGUUCCUUCAAGAGCCGAGUUGAGUCAGUAUCAGAAACGUUUUGUUGAAUUAUAUAAUCAAGUGGCAGCUAAGCAUAAAGAAACAAAACAAUUUUAUACUUUGUACAAUACAUUGGAGGAUACAAGAAUGUAUAUUACCAAGGAGGUGGAUUUAUUGAAUUCUAUUCAAGAGAAUUUUACUGAAGCAAUGUCAUCUUCAUCAUCUAGAGGAGAAUUUUUAACUAAAUUAGAGCAAAUUGUUGAAAGGAUUAUCCAGAAUAAGGCUAAAGUUGAAAAGAAAAAACUUGAACUUAAAGACCAGCGGGAUAAACUUAAUGAUCACCUUGUUGACUUAAUAGAAAAGCAAAGACUUUAUUUCAAGACUGUUAAAGACUUCAAAGAGGAAUGUAGAAAGAAUGAGAUUCUUGUUGCUAAACUAAAAGAAAAAAGUAGAGGACAUUAGUAAAGGUAUUAAAGAAGAUGAAAUGCAAGAAUGUUUGUUGAGAAAUUUCUAAUUUUGAAUGAUUGUUUGAAAAAUUGUUUUUUGUCUUUUUUUUAAUAAAAAUAAUAUAUUUAUGCA